CUAUAAUUAUCAAUUCGCGCAAUACAUACCUUCUCAUCUCUCUCUCUGUCUCUCUCUCGAUCACGAUUCAGCUUCGGAAUCCUUCUCAGGAACCCUAUCUUGGAAAUUGAUUCAGAGGAAAACAUGGCGAACAUGCGAACCACGAUGGAGGUUGGGGGCGAUGGAGUGGCAGUCAUCAGGAUAUCUAAUCCUCCCGUUAAUGCGUUAGCUCCUCGAAUUCUCGCUGGUUUGAAGGAGAAAUACAUAGAAGCGAUGAAAAGAGAUGACGUUAAAGCUAUUGUUGUGACCGGUGAAGGUGGGAGAUUUUCUGGUGGUUUUGACAUCAGUGUUUUUCAGGCAAUCCACAAAGAUGGAGAUAUUUCACGGUUGCCUGAUGUGUCAGUUGAUCUUUUGAUCAAUACAAUUGAAGAUGCGAAAAAGCCUUCUGUUGCUGCUAUUGAAGGGCUUGCACUUGGAGGUGGCUUAGAGUUGGCAUUGGGAUGCCAUGCACGUAUUGCUGCUCCAAAAGCGCAACUUGGCUUGCCAGAGCUGACACUUGGAGUGAUUCCUGGUUUUGGAGGUACUCAACGUCUUCCGAGGCUUGUUGGGGUGUCAAAGGCUGUUGAAAUGAUGUUGUCAUCCAAACCGAUUACAUCUGAAGAAGGGAAGAAGCUAGGUCUUAUUGAUGCUGUUGUAUCUUCCGAAGAGUUGUUAAACGUAUCUCGACGCUGGGCUUUAGACAUUGCUGAAAGGGUCAAACCCUGGGUAUCUUCUCUUCGUAGGACGGACAGACUUGGUCCCCUAUCUGAGGCACGUGAGGUGAUAAGAAGAGCUCGACAGCAGGCAAGGCAAACUGCUCCCAAUAUGCCCCAGCAUCAAGCAUGCCUUGAUGUGAUAGAGGAGGGCGUUGUUUUCGGAGGAUAUUCUGGUGUUUUGAAGGAGGCAAAAGUCUUCAAUGAGUUGGUGUUAUCAAGCACUUCAAAAGGUCUUGUUCAUGUCUUCUUUUCCCAACGCACAACAUCUAAGGUACCUAAUGUUACUAAUGCUGGGCUCAAACCGAGGGAUAUUAAGAAAAUUGCUGUUAUUGGUGGAGGUCUGAUGGGUUCUGGCAUAGCAACAGCUUUUAUCCUGAGCAAUAUACCAGUCAUUCUCAAGGAAGUCAAUCCAGAGUACCUGCAGAAGGGGAUGAAAGCUGUAGAAGCAAAUCUCCAAGGUCUGGUGGCGAAAAGGACAAUGACAAGGGAUAAGGCUGAGAAAGCUCUCUCAAUUCUUAAAGGAGUAUUGGAUUACUCGGAAUUUAAAAACGUGGACAUGGUUAUAGAGGCUGUUAUUGAAAGCAUUCCUCUGAAACAAUCGAUAUUUAGUGAAAUUGAGGAGAUUUGUCAUCCUCGUUGCAUUUUGGCCACAAAUACUUCUACUAUUGAUCUCAAUAUAAUCGGAGAAAAGACCAGUUCUCAAGAUCGUAUUAUUGGUGCACAUUUUUUCAGUCCUGCUCAUGUAAUGCCACUCUUGGAAAUUGUUCGGACGGAGAAGACUUCUGCACAAGCAAUCCUUGACCUAAUGACAGUUGGCAAGUUAAUAAAGAAAGUCCCUGUGGUGGUAGGAAACUGCAUUGGCUUUGCAGUGAACCGAGCUUUCUUCCCAUACACUCAAGGAGCACAUCUCUUGGCAAACUUGGGCGUGGAUGUGUUUAGAAUUGACAGAGUGAUCAGCAAUUUCGGCAUGCCGAUGGGCCCUUUCCAGCUUCAGGACUUGGCUGGAUAUGGAGUUGCCUUAGCAACUGGGAAAGUACUUAUAACUGCCUACUCGGAUCGUUCAUUCAAAUCUCCAUUAGUUGAACUUCUGGUGAAAAAUGGGCGAAAUGGUAAAAACAAUGGAAAGGGAUAUUACAUAUAUGAAAAGGGCAGCAAGCCAAAACCUGAUCCUUCUGUGCUUCCAAUCAUUGAAGAGUCAAGAAGACUUACUAACGUUAUGCCUGGUGGAAAGCCUAUAUCCGUGACUGACCAAGAAAUCCUGGAGAUGGUACUCUUUCCCAUUGUGAAUGAGGCAUGCCGUAUUUUGGAUGAAGGAGUAGUUGUUCGAGCAUCAGAUCUUGAUGUUGCAUCUGUUCUUGGGAUGAGUUUUCCUGCUUAUCGUGGUGGUAUUGUAUUUUGGGCUGAUUCAAUUGGAUCUGAAUAUAUAUUCACAAGUCUCAAGAAGUGGUCAGAAGUGUAUGGCAGCUUCUUCAAACCAUCAAAGUUUCUGGAAGAAAGAGCAAGAAAGGGCAUGACCUUGAGAGCACCUGCUGAGACAUCUCAACCUUCGAGGUCACGCAUGUAGAGUCCUUUACUGGGAUGUUAUUUUUUUCCCAGGAGCAUAUAUGGUGGCAAUCAUCCCAUUCGAACAGUUUGAGAAAUUGAUAUGAGAAUCCAGUUAUGAACAUGGUUACAAAGUUGAUUAGGGAAUUAUUCAGAAGGCUUAAAUUUCAGAAUAAUUCGUUUUUUUAAUUUAAGAAUCCAAUAAAAAAGGGCUUAAAAUAAAAUUGGAUUCAAAUUGA